UUCCUAUUAGCCCGCCUGUGGAAGACCUUGAGCUUUGUUGUGGCUCUGCCCGGCGUUGGCAUUUGCAUGCUGAACUGCUACUUGAAGGGACAGCAGGAGCAUGAGAGACCCGAGUUUAUUCCAUACGCUCACCUCCGGAUCAGGACCAAGCCUUUCCCCUGGGGUGACGGGAACAAAACUCUAUUCCACAACCCCCGUGUUAAUGCUCUCCCAACUGGUUAUGAAGAUGAAAAUUAAGAUUCUGACCACAGCCAGAACUUUGGCUCUUCCCAUCUUGGACCAGAAUGUUGUGUGGGAACCAUCAUUUAGGGAACCAUCAUUUAAGAAACUCUACAUUCCUUCAGUGAUGAAGCUGAAUGGCAUUGUGGCUGGCUGUACUUGUGUAGAGGUCCUUUAAAUAAACAACUCUGAACUU